GGGAGGGUGAAUGAGAGAGGUUUGAACUCGGGAGCUUGAGGGUUGAGGUGAGACGCCAUUUUUUCCGGUGGAAAAGUGGAGGAGCUAAAAAGUUGACGGUGAGUGAAGAGUGAGUGAAGUAGAGAGAAGUGAAGAGUGAAGAGUGAAGAAAGAGUGAAGAAAGAGUGAAGAGUGAAGAGUGAAGAGUGAUGGUAAAAGGAGGUGAAGUGACUAGGUAUAUAUAGAAAGUACUAGCUUGUCUAUCCUUUUGCAGUUUUCACUUUCACUCCGUCAUUCUCAUUCUUCUUUUGGAACGUUUAUUUACUGUACAACAUAUUUUAUGAAUUAUAGUACAAAUCAAUCAAUUUUAUUAAUUUGCACUUAAGGGUUUAAUUACAUUAAACUUAAUGAUAACGUUUGUAAUGAACUAAUGAUACUACUCCAACACUUUUAAUUAGGUUGGAUUAGUAUUAAUUUUUGUACUUUGUAUUCUCGUAACUCAUAAGCAUUGUUACGUCCUCGUGUGCUGGGCCCCUCGUGUCAAAACCAAAAAAUUUUACCGUCUUUAUGUGAGAGAUCCAUACUGACUGUUCUACCGUUGCAAGGGAUGAGGUCCCCUCCUUCUAGCGCCAAUUGUUCCGGGUGUGGAAUGAGAAUAGCUGACUGUGGGAUACUUGAUUCCUGUUGAGAGUGCCGGUUGAUAUCUGCACAACAGAAUGGAUUAACUAGCCUCGGGGGUGGUUCGAGGAUUCCCCUUCCGAUGCUUAAGUAAGAUUACUGAGGGAUUAAGAAGUGAUUAAGAGAUAAUCAGAGAGUAAGAAAGAAGUGUGUUUAAGUGUUUGUGUACCUCAUAGCAAUAAAUGAGGUGCUCCUUAUAUAGACCAAUCCAAAGGUACGAUCAGGUGGGUCCCUUGUGGUUAGAUAGCGACCUGUUGAUAGUGAUCAUUGGUUGGUUGUCUUCAUGAUAACGCCGGUAGGGGUAUUGCAAAUAUUGACGAUAGGUGAUGUUUACCUAAGAUGACCAGAUUACCUGCAGGUUAAGUUUACCUACGGAGAGUUCUGCCGAUACCAAGUGGUACCGGUAGGACAUCCCGUACACUACCUGAAAAUUUAUUGUAUUUGGAAGAACACAAAAUCCAUUUGACAAGGACACUAGCCCAAAUUCCACUUAAAGUUAAAAAAUACUCGUACUAGUACAAACAAACAAAGGAAGCAAAAAUAGAAAACCCUAUCUCUCAUUCACUUUUGCCCUUAGUCGGUCAUUCUCUCUCAUCACCGUCACUUUCCUUCCUUCAUCGUCCCUCCCAAAAAAACAAACCCCCACCAUUUUCUCUCUCCUUAAGUAGCAACAAUGGUGGAUUUACAACCCAUUUUAUUACCCAAUAACAACAACAUCAGCAGCAACACUUCUAAUCAAUCCAACUCUUCUUCAUCUUCCCCGACUUCAAUUAUUCCUUCUUAUUUACCCAGUUUCGUACCUCAUCUUCAACUCCCUCAACUUCCAUCUCCAUCCCUGUUCCCCCUUUUUAAUUUCCAGGAACCCAUGGCUUUUUUUCCGGCCUACCCCACUCCUUACUUCUACUAUUAUUAUUACUUCAACCCUACUCCGAUAACUAUUUCUGUCCAGCCUCCGCCUCCACCACCAUCUCACGGUGGUUUCCAACUUGUCCCCGCUGUUGAACCCACAAUCGAAAUCGCCGAAAGUCACGGCGUUCGUAUUCAAACACCAUCUGCAUUCCGAGGGAAGCCGAAUAGGUGGACCGGGUAUAAAAGACGGGCCAGGAAAGAAUGGAAACCCAAGCAGCAACAAAAUUCGGGUCAUGCAAGUGGGUCCCACAAUUCUCCUCCUCCUCCUCCUCCUCCAUCACCUCGCCGUCUUCGUCUUCCACGGCCAUCCUCUGCUGGACACUUGGCUAUGGUUGUUGCUAACUGUACUACUGUCAUGGUUAAGAACAUUCCUAACUCCAUCAGUAGAAGUGCAUUGAUUAAUGAGCUGGAUAGCCAUUGCCGGAUGCAGAAUCACAAAGCAGCCUAUGAUUUUCUCUACCUCCCCUUCGAUUUUGGAUAUAAGCUGAAUCUGGGGUAUGCUUUUGUUAAUUUCACUUCUGUGGAAGGAGCCUCAACUUUGGCCAUUGCCUGGAAUGGCAAAGGCUGGCAUAAGUCUCCUAAAAUUUGCGAAAUAACUCCUGCCAAAUUGCAGGGGUUUGAAAUGUGUAAGAGACAUUUUGAGGUUUCUGAAUUCCAAUGCUACACGGCGGACUUUCUGCCGGUGGAAUUCUCGCCGCCCCGAGACGGCUUUAAUGGUAGUGCUUGCGAAAUGACCACAAUCGGUAGAUACCGCGAUGCAAAUGCCAAGAUUUGGAGGUUAAAAACUGUCAUUCCACCACGGAUAAGUCACUGAUCUUCCCUUUAAAUCAUGACUAAUUCUGUUUACUGUGUUGUUGUUGUGUCAAAAAUUGUCAAGUGUUGUUGUAGUAGUAGUAGUAGUAGCACUAUUCCCAUCUUAGUUUGUUGUGAGUUUACAUGAAUAAGAGGGUGUCCUGUGUUUUCAUUAUCUCCCUGUGGUUGAGAGAAUCAGCUGGCCUUGGGUGAAACGGAAACACGGGUUUAAGCAUAAGUUAGCCAUAAUUUCUGAUUUACCUUAUGUAGUUACCAUUAGGAUAUAUAGAUAGAUAAAACGAUGUACAAAUAAUAGGCACAAGUAAUUAACUUGUGCUUAUGUUGUGUACUAAUAUGUACCACUUAUAUCAUUAUAUGUAAUGUAAUGUGUACUAGUUACCCAUGCUAGAUCUUUUAACUGAUUUUAAAGCUUACAUAGAUAAUUACAACUAUA